AUGACCAAGCACACCAUCACUUCACUUCGCGAGACGGACCAAUACCAUAAGCCCUUACUCCGGGCUGUCUACAACCGCCUCGAGCUGGUCCAUCAGCGGCUCGAAAACCUAGAAGCCCUCAUGGUGAUGCAUAUGGAGACUUCACGGCAACGCAUGGAGAGCCCUGAGCGAAGCAAUCAUUCGCCAGAGGACAGCAACCUCAGUACUAGGAAUCACGACGGUCACGCCUUACACAAGCUCAGCAUUAACCACGCACAUGUCGCGCAUCAUCUUUCUCGCCUGCUGGCGUGUGACACCCCCAAGAACGCCGCCGGAUGCUUCACCCAUGACAUGAGUAGCCUUUUCCGAGAUGCUUUUACAAACACAGAGGUCAUCGAGACGAGCGCCUCAAUGCAACCAGAUCAGCUCGAAACAUCAGAGAACCUCCUUCAGAAGACGCAGGACCCGGCUCGGAAGGGCAUCGUGGAUCCCGCGCAGCGCCUACCGGUCGACGACAACAGUGGCGGGCAUACGGACCUCAGUGCCCCCACGGACAAGGAAACGCUUGGCAGCAGCGUGCUCACCACGGCGGGCGGCGACAACUCUCCACCGCUCUCCAGUAGCCCCGCCAGCAGCGAUUGCGAUUCAGAAGCUAUUUCGUACUCGGACUGGACUGGCAGCGAUGGCUCGACAUACGGAAAGCGGUCCUCGGACCAGGCCCCGUCGUCCCUGCGGGAUCGUCCUGUCCACUGCUGCAAGCGCAAGGCGGCCCUCCUGCGCCGGAAGCAGCGCAUCGUCAAUAACGCAGGCCUGGCUAGCUCGUAA